AUUGCUAAACCUGGAAAUCUGAUUAAGAAAAAAAAAGUUCUCCCCUCGCGCCUAUAUAAGUUCGCCGGCCCAGCUCAAGUGCUCAACCUCUCUCCACCGCAGUUAGCAGUCGCGCACGCAUCCAAACUCCUGAGUCCCUCUUCGACCGACCUCCACUUCAGCUCCACACACACCGGAACCAUGGAUUUCAGCGGUGAAAUCGACGACUUCUCCCUGCAGCUCAUCCGCGAGCAGCUUCUCGGCGGCGAGGCUUGCCUCCCCGUCGUCCCUAACGCCGCGGCGUACUCUGGCUUGUCAGUUCAUCCCACGCAGGCGGCGUUCCACCAGCACGCUGCGGCGUUCUUGCCGCAGCAUCAGCAACAGCAGGUCGCGUACGUCGACUUGACGAACGAGUACGCCGCGGAUGCUGCCACUGCCGCCUCGCACGGCGAGGCGGCGGCCUUCCGGGCGGAGCCGGUGAUGAUCCGGUUCGGGGGCGAGCCUUCGCCGGUGUCGGACCCUAGCCGGAGACCGAUGCUCACCAUCUCUCUGCCUCCGACCUCGCACGCCUGGGGCCCGGCGGGCGCCGUGGAGGUACAGGUACAGGCACAGGCCGCGGCGGCGGCGGCCCUGGUGGACGUGAACGACUUUCGCAAGUACCGCGGCGUGCGGCAGCGGCCGUGGGGCAAGUUCGCGGCGGAGAUCCGCGACCCCAAGAAGCGCGGGUCCCGCGUGUGGCUCGGCACCUACGACACCGCCAUCGAGGCCGCGCGCGCCUACGACCGCGCGGCGUUCCGCAUGCGCGGCGCCAAGGCCAUCCUCAACUUCCCCAACGAGGUGGGCUCCCGCGGCGCGGACUUCCUCGCACCGCCACCGCCGCCGCCGCCCGCGCAGGCCGCGGCGACGACGACGUCGUCCCAGAACAAACGGAAGCUGCCGCACGACGCCGAGUCCGAGCCAGCAGCCAACAAGUCCGUCAAGGCUGAGGCGUUCGGAUCGCCGGCGUCGUCCCCCGCGACGACGACGACGACAACGACAACGACAACGACCACCGCGGCCUCGACGGUGACGACGUGCUCUCCGUCGUCGGAGGCUACAGGAGCCCACCACGAGGUGUUUCCCAUGACGCCGUCGAGCUGGACGUGGGAGCAGCUGGAGGGCGUGUUCGGAAGCCUGUCGCCGCUGUCGCCACACCCGCAGCUCGGCUUCCCGGAGGUCACCGUCAAUUAAGCGGUUAUCGAGAUCGGCCGCUUAAUAAGCAUCGAUAGGUGUAAAGACGUUAAUAAUUGUUAGCGGUUUUUAGUUAUGCACGGCCCUGGCUUUGGACUCAUCUUGAGGAUUUGGCGUGGCUUUGGAGCUGCAUGUGUGUGUACAGAACGAAGGGAGGUGAUAGACUAUUAGGGUGUAUGUGUCGGUGAAUUCUGAACUACACACGUGGACAUAGAUCAACGGCAUAGAUGUGGAAACAUAUACAUAAACACGGGAGUAAUUACAUCACAAAUGGUAGUACGUGUAUAAGGUGUUUGAUGUGAUUUUGUACAUUGCUAAGUAAAGAAAAGAGUGUACAUGCAUGCUUAUUUAAUA